CGCGCGGGGCCGGUUUGGUUUCCCGGCGAGCUGUGCGGCGCGGCUUCCUACUAUGGAGCGCGCCGCGGUGCUGCGCGUCAAGCGGAAGCGCGGCGGGCCGGAGCCGGCCGAGGCGCUGGUGUUGUCGUGCAAGCGGCUGCGCACCGAGCAGGGCGGCGACAUCGAGAGGAACCUCUUCACGCUCGUGGCCACAGUCGCCUCGCAGGAUGAACCAGUUCAGAAGUAUGUACAAGAAGCUAUUACUCGAGACAAAACAGCUCAUGUUCUGCGGCCCUCUCUCAGAAGUGCUCAAAGAAUCUUUCAGGACCUGCGUUCUUCCAAGCAGGUGAACAGGAAGGAAAACCGAUACCGUCUCUUAACAAGUCACCGGCCAGACUGCUUUGAGAAAGAAACCAUUGCACUUGACACAAAUGAUGAAGAGUUAACUAAGGGUGAGAGAUCAGACUCUGAAGCAACAAAGGAUGCUUCACAAAAAGAAAGCAAUACUACUGACUGUGGGGGGUUCCAGUUGUUUGAUAUAGUACAAGAGGGAGAAGACCGCAGUAUUGUUGCAGCACAUACACAGAAGACUGAUGAUCCAGAAGUGAUUCUCUGCAAUGCCGUAGAGAUGAUCCGUGAACGUUUAACUGUAUCUGAGUGUGAUAAAAGGGAAGAGUAUGAAAAGAAGGAAGAUGAUUAUGUUUAUGAUAUUUACUACAUGGAAACAUCAACCCCUGGCUGGAUUGAGAAUAUCUUGUCUGUGCAGCCCUAUAAAGAGGAAUACGAACUGGUAGCAGAUCAUAUUUCAGAAGAAAUAUAUGAUGAUGAAGAUGAUGAGAAUGAUGAGAAUAAUUGGCGUAAUGAUUAUCCUGAUGAAGAUGAGUUCCUUCCUGAAGAAAAUGAGAACAGUGACAGAGAAAAAGGGUCUGAGGAUGGGAGUUUCAGUGAUGAAGAUGGUGGGGGUUACAAGAGGAGAGCCUGGGAUGCAUACCACAGUGAUAUUCUACAAGAGUUUGCAUGUGAUGAGGCCUGAGACUUGGAUUCUGAUUAAAUUAUAGUCAGAAUACUAACCUACUGUAUAUAUGGUAUUAUACUCUUGUUCUCCUUGGUAAGAUUUAUGGGGAACAAAAAUAAGUGCUGCUUUUCAAGGCUAUUUAUAGAAAUGAGAUUAAAGUUAAAGAAUGGGAAAGCAUUUCUCUCUUGCAAAACAAGUAGUUUUCUAAUGUUCCAUAAGUGCUACUUGUCAGGUGGGGAAACGUUAAGUUAAACUAUAAUCUAUCUGUCUGAUCUCAAGAAGUGGUAAUAUACCAGAUAGUGAACCAAGUAUUAAGGUAAACUGUUGACAAAGGCAAAUUACUUGCUAAAAAUUAUUGGCUGCUUCUUUUAGCAAGUAAGCAUGUGUACAACACAGCACUGAUUUCAUCAAGUAAGCCAUUCACUUCUUGAAUGAGGAAGUUAUGUUCCAGUUUGAGUAUUAUGAGAGACUGAAAGGAGCAGAGAGGAAACCAUGGCUUCAGGUAAAAUCUUGAUUGGUAAACCUCGAUUACUACUGCAUUUAGUUUUAACAAACAAGAGAGGCGGUGUAGUCUCUACAUAAAAAUGGAGAGAUCAGAUAUAAUAAGUAAACGUGUUCUAUGGAUUAUUGUCUGGACACUUUUUUGCCUUUAUUAUUUGUUACUAGAAUGGAGUAAAGUAUUUAUGCACUUUUGUAUGUAAAUAAAGAAUUGAUUUGUGGAA